AUGAUUUCCGAUAUCGACCUGGCCUCGACAUCGAGCCUGCCACCACCUCCAACUCCCUCGUCAGAUCAAGCCGGUUCUACGAUGACAACUGCAGCAGCUCAGUCCCCCGCCGUGUCUCGACUAAGCGAAAUGGCCAUGCAAAGCAGAAAGUCGGUUCUCUACUCUUCAGGCGACUUCCGAAACAGCUCCAUACCGGAGUUGCGCGACAUGAAAGCCGACAUGAUGUGCAACUGGCUGUACCAACAACAGUUGGAGCGGAUGUGGUCGACCAAUGGCCUGGAGGAGGGCGUGGUUCUGAAGAAGACCAAGGACGACUACAAGUGUGCCCCGGCCGACCUUUUGAGUCAUCGGGAUGGGUUUUUUGAUGCUGUACAGAAGCUCAAUGUCAAGUGUGCAAUGACCGUCAACACGCGCAUCAUCAAGCUCUUCCUACAAGACGACAAUCUCAGUUACGUUCCAUUGGAAUCGGGUUUACGAUUGCAGAUCCUGCCCAGCAUCUCACACCUGCCUCAAUGCCAGAAACACCACUUUGCAGCUUUCAUCCGAGACCAACAGAUCCUCAUCGUGUGGGACGACGAUCCGAACCACGUCCUCAAACGAGUCCAAGGCAUCGAGGAGCAGCUCAUCAGUAUGGUGUGGAAGGAAGAAAUGGACGAUGACGAGUCCGUCGGACCGGUGGGCGGGGGAAGUGCGAUGCCCAGCACCACCCACUUGAACCCCGACAACGACGGCGGUUCUUCAGAUCUGGAGCAACAGAAUCAAGUUGGUGCGGUCGCUCCUCGCCGUCAGGUGGUCUUGAUCCAGUCGAUCCUCACGGCCGUCACGCUCGUCCUGCUCGUCGUUGCCAUCGGCAGUGGCUGGCGGCAGAUCGCCAUCGAAAUCAUGGUCGACAAGAACUGGAUGCGCCUCGCUUUCUUGCUGGUCGUGCCGUUCCAGUGCUGGCUGGCUUUGUUCUUUAUGCAAUCCGUCUCCGGUUGCGUCGCUCAGAUUGUCGGUCCCAUCAGCCAGAUGAACGCCAACACAAAGUUCUUUUCCGGCCAACCGCCACCCCGGCUCGCGCGCUCGGCCGUCCUCCCGCACGUCACGAUCCAGUGCCCGGUGUACAAGGAAGGCUUGUUCUCGGUCAUCGACCCGACGGUCAAGUCCAUCAAGGCCGCCAUCUCGACGUACGAGAUGCAGGGCGGCACCGCCAACAUCUUCAUCAACGACGACGGCAUGCAGCUGAUCCCACCCGACCAGGCCCGGGAGCGCCGCGAGUACUACGACGAGCACAACAUCGGCUGGGUGUCGCGUCCCAAACACAACCCCAAACCGGCGACCGCGGAGGAAAAGGCCUUUGUCCGGGCCGGCAAGUUCAAAAAGGCAUCCAACAUGAACUACGCCCUCAACGUGAGCACGCGGGUCGAGGACAAACUGCUGGCCCUCGUCACCCGCGACGACGAUGACGGCGACGACGCCGAGGUCAGUCGGCAGCACCGGAGCGCUGAAGAGGAGCGAGAGGCGUACGAUCGGGCCCUGGCCGAGGUCAUCCUCGAGGACGAAGGCCGCACCCAGGCCGAAGGCAACGUCCGCGUCGGCGACUACAUCCUGCUCAUCGACUCCGACACCCGCGUCCCCGUCGACUGCUUCCUGGACGCCGUCAGCGAGAUGGAGCAGUCGCCCCCGGUGGCCAUCAUCCAGUUCGCGUCGGGCGUCAUGAACGUCACCGACACCUGGUUCGAAAAGGGCAUCACCUUCUUCACCAACCUCGUCUACACGGCCAUCCAGUACGCCGUGUCGAACGGCGACGUCGCGCCCUUUGUCGGCCACAAUGCCUUUCUGCGCUGGAAGGCCGUGCAGGACGUCGCCUACGUCGAGACCGACGUCAACGACGGCGCCAGCAAGGAAAAGUACUGGUCCGAAGCCACCGUGUCCGAAGACUUUGACAUGGCGCUCCGGCUCCAGACGAACGGCUACAUCCUCCGCCUGGCUGCGUACGCCGGCCAAGGGUUCAAGGAAGGCGUCUCGCUGACGGUCUACGACGAACUUGCGCGCUGGGAAAAGUAUGCCUAUGGAUGCUCCGAGCUGAUCUUUCACCCCUUUGCACAGUGGUUCACAAAAGGCCCUCUGACCCCGCUCUUCCGGAACUUCAUCUCCAGUAACAUGCCUCUGCCCUCGAAACUGACCAUCAUGGCUUACAUCGGCACGUACUACGCCAUCGGCUCCGCCUGGAUCUUGACCCUGCUCAACUACUGCAUCGUCGGUUGGUUCAAUGGCACUCUGGAUCACUACUACAUCGACAGUUUCAAGAUCUAUUUCGCCAUCAUUCUCGUCUUCACGGCGCUGGGGAAUCUUGCCCUCGCCAUCAUGAGGUAUCGCAUUGAGGAGAAGACCCUAGGAUCGGCGCUGUAUGAGAAUUUCCGAUGGAUACCGUUGCUGACAGUCUUCUUGGGGGGCAUAUCCUUGCAUGUGUCGCAGGCAAUCUUGAGCCAUUUGUUCAGCGUUGACAUGAGUUGGGGUGCGACGAGCAAGGAGGCAACGGACACAAGCUUCUUCAAGGAAGUUCCAGUGAUAUUGCGCAAAUUCCGACUGACAUUUGCGUUCUGUGUGGUACUGAGCCUGGGUAUGAUCAUCGUUGCGGGCGUCGGUCCUCUCGGUGCAUUCGUGCCCUAUGACUGGCAGAUAUCUUUUUUUACGGCGAUUUGGCCAUUGGCAACUGUGGUUGCUUCGCAUGCAUUGCUGCCGCUCGUGCUGAACCCUGGCUUGAUGCAAUUUACAUUUUAG